AUGGCAGAGUCCAACACCAAAACUCUCGAAGCGAAAUGCUACUGUGGCUCUGUCCACUACACAAUCGACGUACCAGUCUCCAAACUUCCACUCCUCACUCAUCUCUGCCACUGCAGUCUCUGCAGAUUUGCCUCAGGAGCACCAUGCGUCUUUCACGCAACACUUCCAGAGGGUGUAGAGCCUAGAUUCGUGGAACCGUCCUCUCGAAACAGCAUGACGAGCUAUCCAAUUGGUAAAACUGGUUGGCCAUGGCUUUUCUGUUCGACAUGCGGCUAUCAUAUCGCCUCAACUGGACCGCCUGACAACGAGUUCUGGACAGUUUCUACAUCUAUCUUUAUAGAUGCUGCAGACUGCUUUGAUAUACGCAAGCACAUCUUCAGCAAGUCCACCCAGGAUGGGGGUAUCGCUAAGACCUUGACACACAUGAGGGGACAUGAGUUCAUCGACUGGAAUCCCAAAGAUGACAGUCCUGAGGCCAAGAUUGUUCGGUCACAACCCGAAUUUGGAGAAAAUGGUGAAGAGCGUCUUCGUGUUGAGUGUCACUGCAAGGGUGUAUCCUUCACCAUCCCCCGACCAAAUCAGGCAGUCAAGGAAGAUAAAUACUACUCCGCAUUCGUUUCUCAUAGGGACAAUACAAAGUGGUAUGCUACUUUUGACGCUUGUGACGACUGCCGGCUCGUUAACGGAACACACGUGGUUGGCUGGACAUUCAUUCCUCUCUCAGUCUGCGAGCCUCGCAUAGGACAUGACCUUCUCACCGGCACAGCGAAGACAUGUAAAUCAUCAGAUAAUGUUGUGCGAUCGUUCUGCGGUGACUGCGGCGCCACAAUCUUCUUCUCCCACAGCUAUAGGAGGCCAGAUGAUGACCAUCAUGUCGUUGACUUAGCCACAGGCAUUAUCAGAGCGCCUGAGGGCGUCAUGGCAGAGAAAUGGCUCACCUGGCGGGCAAGAGUCGCCUGGGCUGAUAGUGGAAAGAGAUUUGACAACGACUUUCAUGAAUCAUUUCAAGUCGGUAUGAAGAUGUGGGUGUCGGAGAGAGAGGGUGAAAUUGAGGAUUAUAACAUCGGCUGA